AUGCCCCAAAGAAAAGGCUUCGAGAAUCACAUUGCUGGACCUGCAUUCAUUCUCCUGGGAUUUUCUGACCACUCCAGCCUGCAGGGCCUGCGCUUCACAGUCUUCCUGCUCAUCUACCUGGUGGUCCUCACAGGGAACAGCCUGACUGCACUCAUCGCAGUGGUGGACUCAAGCCUCCACAGCCCCAUGGAUUUCGUCCUGAGGAACUUGUCCUUCCUGGAGAUCUGCUGCACAUCAGUCACUCUGACAAAAAUGCUGGUGGGUUUCCUGAUGGGAGAUGGCAGGAUCUCCUUCCUUGGCUGUGCUGCCCAGCUCUACUUCCUGGUUUUGCUGGAUGGUACCAAAUGCCUUCUGCUGGCUGCCAUGGCCUCUGGCCCCUACACAGCCAUCUGUGACCCUCUGCACUACAGCCUCAUCAUGAGCAGGGGGCUCUGUGUCACACUGCUGGUGGGAUCAGGGAUGGUGGUUGGACCAGUGCAAGUCGGACAGACCUACCAGGUGUUCACUUUGCCCUUCUGUGCAUCCUCCAGGUGGGACAGAGAAAGAGGAAUGGAAGAGUUAGAGCAGAAAAAACAUGGGUCAAGGGUAGUCCUAAAGAAGACCUGA